AUGGGGUUAUUAACGCAGGUAAAACCAAAUUCCAACGAUGAACUAGAUUUACAACUUAUUGAUCCAGGAAGGAUAAAGAUUGAUUGUUCAGGAUCUUAUAUUGCUAAUGAUCAUUUAUUGAGAGAACAGUAUCAUUCACCGACCCCAUCCACUACUCCAUCGCCGCAAGCGUCAGAUUCUUCUUCUGAGUCAGAUGGAGACGUCGAUGGAGAGCUCAAUGGGUUUAAGGAAGGCGAGAGUGAAAGCAGCAAUGAACCUAAAGGUAAUGCUGCUUUACCGCCAGAUUUGAAGAAGGCUGACAUUUCCUCCAAUAAAAUCAGAGAAAUUGAAUUAACGACCACAAAUUUGAACAAUGAGUACGAUCUCACAAAAAAUAUUACCUUGCCAAAGCACAAUUCCGAAGUGAUUCAUAUUUCGGUUGAUAUAGGCGGUACAUUAACUAAGCUUGUGUAUUUUACAAAAAGUCAUAGGGGAGACGGAAAAGGAGGGGGGAAAUUACAUUUCAAAGAUUUUCAAACUGAAAAUUUCAGUAAUGAGGUAUUGAAAUUUAUGAUCAAGCUUAUUCAGAAAUCCAUUCACAAAAAAGAAGUUCCACCAAUUACCUACAUAAUGGCUACGGGUGGUGGUGCCCACAAAUUCUACCAAUUGAUGACUAAAACGUUUCGUAAAUACAAGUUUCCAAUGAAAAUAAUAGCUAAAGACGAAAUGCAUUGUCUUAUCAAAGGUUUAGACUGGUUGAUAACUAAGAUUCCAAACGAAAUCUUCACAUAUGAUUUGGAAGAAAACAAUACAAGAUUCAUCCCCAACCCAUAUACCCAUGACGAACAAAUAUAUCCUUAUCUUUUGGUUAACAUUGGAAGCGGUGUUUCUAUGAUCAAAGUUACUGGUCCAGGUCCAAAUGGAUUUGAAAGAAUUGGGGGCUCUUCAUUGGGUGGAGGUACAUUGUGGGGUUUGUUAUCUCUAUUAACCGAAGCAAACGAUUAUAAUGAAAUGUUAGAAAUGGCUCAACGUGGUAAUAACGAAAAUAUCGACUUGUUAGUUGGUGAUAUUUAUGGAUCAAAUUACAACAAGAUAGGUUUGAAAUCGAGCCACAUCGCGUCUUCCUUUGCCAAAGUAUUUAAAAAAUUGAGAUUCAACAAUGACCUGAACAAAGAUGGCAUGCUCAAUGGAAGUCCUAGGUUGACACCAGCUGAAAAACUAGCUCAGUUUAAGCAAGAGGAUAUUGCAAGAUCCUUACUAUACCUGAUUUCUAAUAACAUUGGUCAAAUCUCGUAUUUACAAGCAUUAAGAUUUGGCUUGAAGAGAAUAUAUUUCGGAGGCAGCUAUAUUUCAGGACAUAAGCAGACUAUUCAUACUCUAUCAUACGCUGUUAACUUCUGGUCUCAUGGUGAUAUGAAAUCUUAUUUCUUAAGGCAUGAGGGUUAUUUAGGAAGUGUCGGUGCUUUUAUGAUGGGUCCUAACAGCGAAAAUUUGAAAAAUCAUGAAUCGAAUUCUCCAAAGUCUAACAAAUCAUGA